CGAUGCAUUAUUGCAAAAAAAGUAAAAAAAGUCAUGAUUGCAAUUCCUCAAAUAAUCUAAAAUAAUCGAUAAUCCACAGAAGCUGUAGAUUAUGGAGCGUACUACAUAUAUUUGCUGCGUGAAAUAAAACUUUUAAAAGUUAGAGAAUUGAUUAUGGAGAAUCAACCAUUAAAUGCACUCGAAAAGCCGCCGCCGUAUUCCAUCGCAACGGCUCCGGCAGUGAAUGUACCAUAUCAACCACCUCCUGGAUAUUAUCCUAAUAAUACUGAUACUGGCUAUCAAGAAAACCAUGUACCAUCAUAUGGUUCUGUGCACUCUACAGCAAUCAUUGUUCCAGAAAUUAUUCUAGUUGGCGGCUGUCCUGCAUGCAGAGUAGGUGUGAUGGAAGACGAUUAUACAUGUUUUGGCCUACUGUGUGCGAUACUCUUUUUUCCCUUCGGAAUUAUUUGCUGUAUGCUGCUAAAGACAAAACGCUGCUCGAAUUGUGGAGCUUAUUUUGGUUGACUAAAAAUAAAAGAAAGUAUAUAUUUGUAUACAAAAAAUAAUUUCAUUUUAGGUACAUUUAAAGCAAAUGAUGUUUAAAAAACAAUUAAUAUUGAGUGAUAAGGAUUUAAUGUUAAGAAUAUAUUUUUAUAGUAAAAUAAGUUUAAUAGAUUUGUGUAAAAAGUAUUUUAAAUGAAUAAAAAAUAAAAUGAUUUUUAAA